AUGGGUUCUACAUCACGCCCAAAUCAUUCGAGCGGCUCUUUUGAUGCUCCUGAGAGACUUUAUACCCUUGAGGUUGCCGUUCAACCUCCGAGAGUUGCAAAAUCCGGUGCACGUUUGUAUCCACCAUUGGCAAUACGUGUGCACAUCAGCGAUGCGAACACCGGAGAAGAGCUUAGUGGCGAGGAUGAACUCAACAGUCUUUUUGCACAGGCGACUCUGUACGGUGAGAGCGGUGAUGGCCCUCCAUUGGCUCCUCCCGACCCCCAUCUUCUCUCCGGACGACUCUCAAUGUCAUUGGAUCUUCUGAGCGAUGAUGAGGGACCCGAAGAUGCGGCUCCACUAAGCCAGCAACAAGGGAGCUUUGUUAUUUUCCCAGAUCUUAUGAUAAAUCGUACCGGCAGAUAUAGAUUGGGUGUUAGUCUGUUCAAGAUUGGUGACCGGAUAAGGGUGCGAUCUAUUCCAACAGGGUCUGGAGAAAUGCAUGGGGGUGGCACGUCUUUGGAAGAAGUUAAAAGCAAUGUGAUUGUGGUGCAGAGAUCUUCAGCGCCGAUUGAGAUUGGUAAUUAG